UAUCCGCCAUCCUAAUACAUAGCUCUUUGCAGAAGGGCAAGAACAGGCCGUAGCUAAGGUGCUGAGUGUUGGACGAACUUUGCACUUCAUAUUCUAAACAUGCUGUCGAGGACCGUUUUACUUUCGGCCAAUGCCCUGAAAAGCAAAGGUCCAAUUGGAGCUGGGCUAGUCCAGGCCUCCCACUCCCUGCACACCUCGUCCAAGAGUCUGGCCCCCGUUCCCGCACUGCCAGAGAAAGGAGGACAGGUCCGCCAUGGCAUCAUCCCAGAAGAGCUGUUCCAGCUUCUGUACCCCAAGACCGGAGUCACCGGCCCCUACAUGCUGGGCACUGGGCUCCUAUGCUACCUGCUCUCCAAGGAGAUCUACAUCAUCAACCACGAAACGUUGUCCGCCGCCUCAAUCGGCGCUGUUGUGAUCUACGCAAUCAAGAAGUUUGGACCCAGUGUCGCUGCUUUUGCUGACAAACUGAACGAGGAGAAAGUGCUCAACGCUCAGGCGGUGAAGGAUGUGGCCCUUGUCGGCCUGUCGCAGGCCAUCGAGGAGGAGAAGAAGGAGCAGUGGAGAGCAGAGGGCAGAUCGAUGCUCUUCGAUGCCAAGAGGAACAACGUGGCAAUGCUGCUGGAGACCAACUUCAGAGAGAGGAUACACAUGGUGACCAAUGAGGUGAAGAAGCGCCUGGACUAUCAGAUCGCCGUGCAGAACCUGAACCGUCAGAUGGAGCAGGAGCACAUGGUCAACUGGGUGGAGAAGAGCGUCGUCGGCAGCAUCACCCCUCUGCAGGAGAAGGAGAGCAUCGCCAAGUGCAUCUCGGACCUGAAGGCCCUGGCCAGGGCCAAGGCCUCACUCGCGGUCUAACUUUCUGUUUUUGCAAGGCAACAGCCUCCUCCCAACACCAACAUAUUGUUCUCUGGUCAUCUUUCCCUUACUGAAUAAAACUAUUUCCUCUUUAAGAUUGUCUCGGCCAAUAGUAUGGGUGUGUAUAUACACGUAUAAAUAAAGGAUUGACUUACUCACUGA